UAUAUUUGCAUAAGCUAACGGUAGAUGGCGAAUUUACCUUUAAUUUACAUACAAGUAUCAUGGCGUCUGUGCGGGAAUGAUCAUGCGUACCCCACGAAACGAUAGAAGACUUGUAAUCUAGUUCUGAGCAGAAUAUUCAACAGAUUCAACUAAGUUGGAAGUAAUAACUCAGAGAAGUCGCAGCAUUUUUUCUGACCAUCAUGGAUGAUUUGGAUGAUCCAAUGGCGAGAGCCUCCCCGAUGGGGGGCUACACCAAUGGGUACGACUCGGGGCCCAGUAUGAGCAGGAGCCGGGGAAUGUUCAAGCCGGAUGGGAUGAUAGACUUGUCCAUGGAUGAUGAUAACAUCGUGGACCCGAUCCUUGCAUCUAUGGAGAAGACAGAAAACAGACAUAUUCCCCCACCCCAGCAGCAACCUAGAGGGCCAUCACCCGAUAUGCGAGGGCCAGCCGGUCAACAAUACGGCCAGCAAUACGGCCAGCAAUACGGCCAGCAGAUGACCAGUCAACAAUAUGGUCAGCCACCGCCAGAUAACUACCAAUACAAUAAGCCUCCCAGUGAGCCUACAUGGGAAUGGCAAUAUGGACAUGUCCGACUUGAAAAGAGACCAAACUGUGGUUUUGGACUGGCAGUCAUCGGCGGCAUCGACAAACCCACGCCUGCUGGGGAGACCGCCAUCAUAGUCUCGGACAUCCUGCCCAACGGGCCUGCUGACGAUAGACUCAAAAAAAAUGACAGACUGUUGAGAGUCAACGGCAUCAACAUGGACAGCGUGGACCAUGCCGUGGCAGUAGGGGCACUGAGAAGCGCUGGUAGCACCGUGGACAUUGAUUACAGACGGAAGAUACAGAGAAUGCAGCCCACUAGUAACACAAGUACGCUGUCGGGCUACGGCCAACAGCAGUACAACAACCGCGACUACAACCGGGACCCCUACCAGAAGCCCGGAGUCCAGUCCACAUCCAUCGACGGGCCCUACACCCCUUCCGUCAGCCAGACCACCCAGUCCAAGCCCCCGACCAGCUGGUCCGGCUCGCAGCGCUCCCUGACCCCCUCGCAGGGCAGUCGCACCAGGGAGACGGUCGUGCUGACCAAGAGUCGCAACGAGGGCUUCGGGAUGCAGCUGGGCUGGAAGCUGUUUGUGCAGGGGCUGAGCGAGUACGGCGUGGCGGCCAAUCAGGGGCUCGGCAAGGGAGACACUAUCGUUAAGAUCAACAACUACCCGGUGGAAACCCUGAGCCUGGCCGACGCCAAACGCCUCAUCCAGACCUCGGGCAACUCCCUCGACCUGGAGAUCAUCCGGGAGCCCCCGGCUGCCGAGUUCUCCACGCCGAAGUACGCCACGCGCAGCGUGGACCGUCUGGACCGCCUGUCCAUCGGCGCGGGGAGCGAGGGAGUGAUCCCCCAGCAGUCACAGCCACAGUUGCAGUCGCAGCCGAGGGGCGGCUACGGCCUGCCGGGGCAACAACAACAACAACUCGGGGCUGACGAGUGGGAGCUACCGCCCCUUCGCCGGAGUGAGAAUGCGAUGUUGAGCAGGGAGACGGAUGACCCCCUGGCCCCGCCCAGACCGCCCCUACCUGGGGAGGAACGUGAACCAGAGAGGUUUAAUUUGCCACCACCUCGGCCACCAAGCCCAGGCAAGCAAGAAUUCAUGGGCAUCUCGGAGGAGGUCGUGGAAGGAGAAGAUAGGCUGAUCUCCUUCCGGAAGGGGAAGAGCGUGGGUCUGCAGCUGGUCGGCGGCAACGACUCCGGCGUGUACGUUGCGCGCAUCCAGCCCAACAGUAAUGCCUCCAUGGCGACCGGCCCCAACGGGGACAGGAUUCGUGUUGGUGAUCGCAUUGUGGACGUGAAUGGAAUCAACCUCCAGGGCAAGACCAAAGAGGACGUGAUUCUUCUGCUGCUUGGUAUCCAUGGCGACGUGCAUCUUGUUCUUCGUGAAAGCUCGGCUUUCAAGCUCGUCCUUCACGGCGGCAUCGGCGACCGUUUCUUCAUCCGCGUCCACUUCAACUACACACCGCUGUCGCCGGGCGAGAUGAGCUUCACCAAAGGGUGCGUCUUCCGCGUGCUGGACACCAUGCCGGAAGGCGUGGUGGGCCAGUGGUACGUGCUGAGGCUGGACCGUACCAAUGUGGCCCUGGAGAGGGGCAUUGUCCCUAACGAGAGCAGGGCCAGCCAGCUGAACUCAGCUGCCCAGGUGGAGGAGGCCAUGGCCUUGAAGCCCAUGAACUACGAGGGGCGUAAGGCCAAGUUCAAGCGUCUGGGCAUGAGGACCAGCAUGCGGGGCAAGACACUCAUCAAGGACCACUGGGAUGAGAUCAUAUUCGGUGGCACUGUGUUGAAAUUCCCUGGCUACGAGCGUGUGAUCUUGAGAGAAGUCGGCUUCACUCGUCCGGUCAUCAUCUUUGGCGCAAUGGCUGAUCUGGUUCGAGACAAACUCCUCCAGGAAAUGCCCGGCAAAUUCGAAUCACCUCUGAUGAGCCACACGUUGGACAGUAGACCAGGGCAACCGAUGCAUGUCAGCUCCCAGGGAACCAUCAAGCUGCACGCCAUCAAAGACAUCAUGGACAAGGGCAAGCACUGUCUGCUGGACAUCACCCCCAACGCUGUAGAGCAGCUGAACUACGCCCAGUGCUACCCGAUCGUCAUCUUCCUGAACGCCGAGAGCCGGGCCCACGUCAAGGAGAUCCGGGGCCAGUUCCUGGGAGAGGGCAGAGAGAACAAAGGGUCUCGCAAGUUCUACCAGACGGCCAAGAAGAUGAAGAAACACUACUCUUAUGUGUUUACAGCCAUGAUUCCAGUGAAUCCAGACAGCAUGUGGUACAGUCAGAUUAAAGAGGCCGUCCACAUCCAACAGAACCGCAAAAUCUGGGUGUCUGAAGCCAAGCUGGGCCAGGACUUUGACAUAGACACCACGCUGAACGUGAUUGGUACGUUGGAGCUCCCGCCAAACUACGACAGCGACGCGGAGUCCAUGACCAGCUCCAUGGCCAACGACAGCAUGGUGGAGUCGGACUUUGAGCCAGUGUCUCCGACCGAGUCGACCCGGGACGACAGUUUCAACUUCAAAGAGGAGGCCUUCGAGAAGAAAGAGGAGUUACCAGUGUCAGCUGGUGCUCCCCCAGCACCGCGCUACUCCUCGGACGAAGAAGCCGAAAAGCCCGUCACCCGCAGCAGUCGCCCUCGCCACAAGAAGCGAUCGGACAAGCAGCGCAGCGAGCCCCGUCCGCCAAGCAAGGAGCGGGGACUGCUUGGCCGGUUCCCGUCCCUCAGCCGCUCCAACUCUCUGGGCCGGAACUCGGAGUUCGACGACGAUGAAGACGAGGAGUUGGACGACGGCGGCAACGCCAACAAGUACAACGUGGACUCGCGGAGUAAAUACUCAGAGAGGCUUGAAGGGGCCUGGACCCCAACGGAGCGGCCCUCCCGGCGGGAGCACAUGCGGCGACGCGAGCUGAUGGAGAAGGAGAAGAAAGCUCAAGAAGAGGAGGCGGCUAUACGAGCUGAGAAGAUUAACGCGGUCUCCUCCCAGCCAGGCAUCCGCACUGCUCCCCUGCCGGGUGCUGUUAAGCUGCCCCAGCUGGAGCAGCCGCCACAGAGAGGACAGCGCCCAGCGCCUGCACCCAAACCGGCGCCUGCACCCAAACCAGCGCCUGCCCCCAAACCGGCCAUCAGCAGACCUACCGCGCUCCCUCCCGCUGUGCCGGUUACCAAACCCCAGCCUAAGCCCCGGGAGCCCCCGAAAGAGACCACAUUUGGGUUGAAGGAAACAACGUUUGGUGUUGACGAUGUUAUCGAGACAAGCCCCGUUGUGACGCCAAGCGUCAGGGAAACCACAUUCAGCGAGCCGGACGGGAGUCUCCAGUGGGGCCUGGAGUUCGACGGGCCCAACUUGAUGGAGGAACCCCAACUCCUAGCGGCCCCACCCAUCCCGCCCAAGCCGGCGACCGCUGCCGUCGCCGAGCCCGUCUACGCCUCGGUGCACAAAGACCGGCCCCAGCGUGGCUCGGACGCCUCGGAACCAGCAGCUAGCCUAGAUCUCCCAACUUACAGCUAUGAGCGGCCAGGCAGGUUGGACUCCCCGGAGACCGUAGAGUGGAAGAGGCCUGAACCUCCCCAGCCAGUAAAUGGACUGUACUCCUCGGACGAGCCGGCCCCAUCGUGGCAGGUAGAGCCGGAGAUCGAACAGCGCCCUCAGCAGUUUCAGGAAAGCGCUCCGCGUGCCUGGGAGGUGGAGUCGCCGUACGCUGAGGUGGAACAGCCCCGCGAACAGCCCCGCGAACAGCCCCGCGAACAGCCCCGCGAACAGCCCCGUGAACAGCCCCGCGAACAGCCCCGGUAUGAGGAGAGACCGCAGUUUGCCCAACCGCCAGAGCCGCAGAUGGUGAGCGUCAAGACCACGUUUGUGGAGUCGCAGGUGCAGCGCGUGGACCGCAUCGAUGACUGGGACCAGCCCCAGGGCCGCGAGUCGCCGUCCAUCAUGGCUCAGGUCCAGGGCAUGGAUUACUCCGAGCCUCCCUCAACCAAUGACUACAAGAGACAGAUGCAAGAUGCCUUCACCAAAAUCCACAAAGUCAAGGUUCGGGAGAGUCCUCGCGGCUGGGAGCGCGAACGGGAACUGGAUUACCCUGUCGGUCGGAGCAGCCCAAGCAUCGAGCCCGCCAGACAGGAACCCCAGCAUGCACCGCCACCAAGCCGUGAACCCCCCAACGGUCUCUCAGACUCCGCACCGUCGGACACGGACAAGUACGGCUACAUCCCAGACGGAAAGCCAGACCCCAAACCCAAGAAGGCUCCCUACGACCGCCAGUCUUACAAGGAGUAUCGGGAGGCCUUCUUCAAGAGGUCCAAGUCCCCCGGCAGGGAAUACCAAGAAAACCUGUAUGCUCCCAAGGGAUGGUCAAGCAGAUCCAAGAAAGAGAACAACAAUCCGGCGUCAUUCUGGUCCAUUCCUAUCAGUGAGGACAGCCUGAAGGCCGACGAGGGUCACGAGGUCCUGGACACAGCCCGCGGCUUCUUUGACCACAACGGCGGCGUCCUGUCCUCGGUCAAUACGGGGGUCAGCAUCGUCAUCCCUAAAGGGGCGUUACCGGAGGGCAUCAGGCAGGAGAUCUUCUUCAAAGUCUGCCGGGACACCAACAUGCUGCCGCCACUGGACAAGGACAAAGGUGAGGAACUUCGCCCGGUUACAACCGAUAAUCCUCACGGUAUUGAGGCAGGCGUCUAUUUAGGUGAGACCCUCCUGAGUCCCGUGGUGAUCUGCAAGCCUCACGGCCUGAAGUUCCUGAACCCCGUAGAACUGCGACUGCCCCACUGUGCUUCCAUGACACCUGAUGGUUGGUCCUUCAACCUCAAAUCUAGCGAUGCUGGCACCGGAAAUGCCCCAAGCGAGUGGGAGAACAUGGUCAUACCAGGAAGCGAGGAGAGUAAAUGCCAGGUCAACGCCAACAGCGUCUCUAUCUUGGUUGAUCACUUCUAGAGAUUAUUUGUGGGUUUUUAAAGUCCAGUCCUGGAAACUGUACAGUCCAUUUUUUCAUGUUUUUUUUUCGCCAGCAGAAAUCUUCAAAAUUACAAAAUAGGUGAUAUUGCGAGCGAAAGGGAGUAACACUUAAACUAACUCAGAUAUUAUAAGUCACUGUUGGCCCUUUUUCCCCCUGAACUGAAAUUAAUGGAAGAUCAAAUCAGAAUUAAAUGUGGUGGUUUUUUUUUAAGGAAUAAAUUUUGCCUUUUGAAGGUUUGGAAUUUUAUCUUUGUUGUUAUUACUUGGGACCAAGUCUGACAUGGGACGUAAUCAGAAAGUAUUUUUGCUUCAAUUGAAAUUCAAAUGAAAUUCAAAUCUUUUGGAAAUUCCCCUCGAAAGAGGUUCCGUUUUCGUUGGAAUUUUGUAUUUGUUCGGCCUACAGAUUUGACUCAUAGCUCAGUAUGCAUUUAAGAAUGUAGAUUAUCAAUCUUUUCUGUACAUUAUUGGAUUUCAUUCCUCAUUUGAUGAAUCAUUCCUAAACAAUGCCACAUUUAAUAUCAUUAAUGAAAUGCAGUCACAAUGUGACAUGCGUGCAUUUCGUCAGUAACAAAACGGACAUGUUGACAUUAGUUUUGUUAAGAUAAGUUAGAUCCAAAGUGCUGAAUUGCAGUCGUCGAUAACUACGAAACAAUGUCUCAAAUGAAACAAGGAGUUUCUUUGAUUUCGCGUCACUUUGUAACACAGAAACCUAGCUUUUAUGAAACAAUUUAUAUUUAGUGUGUUUCAGUUUGUUACUUAAAAUGACAUAGACAGGACCAUGUCACAUGUAUACAUAGUAUCUAUUAUUGGCAAAUAGUGUAUUCAUUUAAAACCCAUUCCACGGCCGAUACUGUGUUUCUGUAUGCACGUAUUCAGUCUAUCUUUUGUCCAUUGCCUAUUUAGUCCGAGAUUUUAAACUGUUUGCAUGUCAACUAUGAAACGGACGCAAAACAGACUGAUCCUGCGUUUGGAAAUGGUUCUUAGUGUUGUUUCCCUUAAGUUUGCUAGUUUUUGUAUUAUAAAAAUACCAAAGCAGUCGAAGUAUCCAUGUUUGUAUAUUAAUCAUCAGCAGAUAUGAGAUGUAGUCUACAUUAACUUUUACGUUUGAUGUUUCUAACGGGGAAAAAAGGUUACUUUUUUUUGUUUUGAUCUCACAUUUGAUGCUUGUAUAUAAUCCUUGUAGCUGUAGAAUUUCCUUGGAAAGCGAAUGUUUGAAAAAACAAAAUAUGAAUUUAGAGGUGUGUUUUUAAAUGCAAUGUAAUUAACUGUAGCGAGAUGGGGAAAAAAUCAUCUUUUGUACAAAUUUUAAGAAACGAUAGACACUUUUUGUCUCGAGAAAAAUCCAAGCAUAUAGGAAAAAUCUAUUUUGUAAGCAAACCACGUAUGUUUGGAAAUUUUUUACACUGUUAAUGAAUGUCAUUGGAGGAAUUUAUUUUAAUAUGAACUCUUGGAGAAGUCAUUUGUUUGUUUAGGUCGCAGUCAUAGUCAACUUUUAACGAAGCAAGAAUUAUGUUAUAGCCAAUUUGU